CACUGCUUUCAUGAGCCCUAAGUCACUUCCCACAUAGCUCAUCAAAUUGAGCUGCAUAGCGCAUGCCAUGAUGAUUACAUUUCUUGUUGUCACAGCACUUAAAAGUAAGAAAUUACUGUCACAGCCAACACUAUCUUGUCAUGCACUGAAGAAUGCCACCAGUCCUAUAGAAAAAAAUUAAAAAUAAAUAGGUAAAAGCAAAAAUAAAAGAAUGAGAAGUUGUGGAGUGAAUGGAUCGCUCAUGUGCUUGGGAUGUGAGAAUGGUCACACAGCAUGGAUUACUGAUAUUUCUGUUCCUUGAAGCCAGCUAUGCAAAUUCCUGUCCUGACCUCUGCACAUGCUCUCCUUCAGAUCACCAACCACUAAAAGUGGACUGUAGCUUCAGAGAACUGGAGACUCUUACACUUCUACCCAGUUCAACACAAGAACUCUAUCUCCAGCACAACAAGUUGGAAUCAAUACCCACAGGAGCAUUUGAUAACCUUCUGGUGUUAAAAGUCAUCAAUUUAUCUAGCAAUCCAUGGCAUUGUGACUGUGGGAUUUGGUACUUGAAAAAUUGGAUGGAAGACCAAGCAGGAGAUCUGCUUAGCGGCAAUGUGAAAUGCUUCACUCCUCCUUUACUUCGCCAAAAACCUGUAUCUAAGUUAACAAAGGAACUUACUUCUUGCUCCAGUCACAGAAAAUGUUGUUUUGAUUUCUUGUUCAUUGAUGCAUUCCUCCUCGUUCUUGUUAUUCUUUGGUUUAGUUUUCUGAUUGGAAGUAUCAUGAUUGCAAAAAGAAUUAAAUUUAAAAUGAAAAUCUGAAGCAACAACAUGAAGAUCCCUGGCAUCUUACCUUCAACUUCUAAUCAGCUGAAAAUAAGACAGCUUAGAGUUUGGAGCUAUCCAUCAUAUUAGUGUCUCCUGUGAAUUAGACAGCAAGCUGGAAGAAAGGUCAAACAAAUCACUUCUGAUUACCAUUAAA